UUAAAUAAAGCGAACAAUUUAUUCGGCUCUAUAAAAGCCUCGUAACCUUGUGCAGUAAGAUUGGCAAAAGUCGUCCGCUGCAUAUUUAUUUAAUCUAUUCAUUCCCUGAGCAAGCCGGAAUAAAGCCAGACUAUGGGGAAUAACAAGUCAAGAAUGACAUUGGAUUACCCAAGCGACAUGAUUUUAAGAGUUGAUAAAGUAUCAUCGACAGUUCUCGGAAAAGAGAUCAUAAAGCGAUGCGGAAUCGAAGGACAGCAUGGAAAUCUCAAUGAAGAAGACCAGACAACCUUAAGAUUUCUGCGAGCUGCUAUCUCAUUCAUCUCAAACGCAAAUGACAUGGGUGCCGAUCUAACGAACGCUGCCUUCAUCAUAUCGCAGCCAGGUAGAGAGUUUAUUAUUCAAGCUGGAAAUGGCGAUUGGGAGUUUUACUUUUCAGAGGACGCAAAGGAUGUUGUACAUGGCCACUGUGUUCGCAAGGGUCCCAAACACUGGUUUUCAGGCAGUAGUUGGAAAGAAUGCGGUUCCUAUGUCAGUAACCUUUUUACUGGGUGCUCACAGUCACAAAAUACCACCGUUCAAUGUAGCAAUUACAAUCGUCCGUUGGCCCUGACCUAUGAAGUUCAGGAACUUACGUACAAUGUUACACUUCCAGAUGUGACGGAGGAAGAAACUCCAUCAAACUCAGACUUAACUGACACCUCGAACCUUACAAUGACUGCCAAAUGAAGACGUCCGUAUAUACAUUUAAAAGGAUUGUUUGCUCCAAAUACUAAAAUAAUCCCUCUCUUUCUCUUAGUUCAAAAAGCAACCUAUAAAGAGUUCGAAGUAUUCUCAAGUGUACUAAAAUUUGACUUGCUAUACCGCCCAGACCCCGCCAUUUUGUAAAACCUAGUAACCUGGCCAUAUUUGCUAAAGCACCGCGCGGUUCUUAAGCAGCUGAUGUUCUGGUCAUUUCAAAAUCUGGUCAUUUGAGCCCAGAAGGCCUCUUUGUGAAGCUCCUAAUUGUUAAAACAGUUCGUCAGGAGAAUCGAUAAGAGGGGGCGAGAUGGCUGGGCAAGAUUCAAAAUGGCUACUAUGCUGUCAAACACUGAAACAUUUUAAGAAAUUUUCAGUGGUAAAGGUCAUUUUAUAACAGAAAUCACGUAGAGCGCACUCUGAUUGGUCAGUUCAGGCCUUACUUUCGCUACUGCUUAAGUAGUGUUCAUUACUGCGAAGAUCGCCUUCAUACUCAUUUCAGUUUUUUCUAUUUGCCCAGGGGUGUAUGCUGCCGACCUGGGCAGAUGUUUCCAAGUAGGCUAGUUUUUCCCAAGAAAUUGUUUUUUAUUUACAAAACAAAUGGUAAACAACACAUCGUACACUAUUGAGUUAUGGAUACACUUAGGAGGUCUGCUAUGCACUCAGGAAGUUAGGGUCGCCUCGAGCGACUCUUACGCUUCUUUCGCGCUUAGCAACCUCCUGCGUGCAUUCCAUGGCUCAAUAGUGCGUGCUGUGGUGUUACGCAUUUAUUUACUUUGCAACCUCAAAACGCGGGAAUCAGUUUAUUCUUAGUUUAUUCUUAAAUCCAUUUUUAAAGGCGGAGAUAUAGACAAUAUGUUUUUUAGACAAAUAGAUAACAUUUUUGUCUCUCUGUUCAUAAACGGAUCACUUGCGUCAAAUUUCGGCGUGAGAAUAAACUGUGUCGAUCCA